CCUAGGAUAACUUACUCAUAGAUCUAUCUGCCAGAAGACUGAGAGCGCUAGAUCCUAAAGCUGCUUUUGUAUAAAUGGCUGAUUUUGAGGCUAAUGGAGUUAUUGUCAGUGAUGAUGAGUUAAAACCAGAUGUACAUAGUGAUAGUGUGAAACCUGUUAAAGAAUUGGAUUCUUCAAAUAAUUCAACGACUGUGCAAAAGCUUAUAAUACCAGACAGAUAUACAUCGUCAGGGGCACUGAGAACUCAAGCAGAACGACGCACAGAACUUAUUGAGCAGUUCAAAAGCAAACCCUAUGUUUAUGAUGAACAUACAGAAGCACUGUUGAGCUUCUUGGCUCAACCCAACAUAGAUUCCAGGGACUUCCGGGCUAAAGUUUUCAGGAACCAGCUAAUGUUGUCAGAAAAUAUGGAUGAGGUCCCAUCCAGCUUUGCCAAGAACUGGAUUACUGUAGUCUGUCCUGUUGGUUCCAGGUGUUUGGUUGUCUCCAGUCGGGGCUACACCGGAGCUUACACAAAGUCAGGCUAUCACAUUAUCAGUCACCCAUCAAACCUUCCGUUUGGGAAUAAAAUGAUGCAAGGUGGUGGUGUCUGCUUACUAGACUGUAUCUACUGCAAUGACUCUGAGACAUACUUUGUUUUGGAUGUGAUGUGCUGGGAUGGUCAGCCCACUUAUAGUUGUGAUACUCAGACAAGGUUCAAACUCUUGCAAGAGAAACUUCGAGAGUUUGAUUUAAGCAGAGCAUCUCAUAUGAAUCCAUACCCCUUUGUAGCAGUGAAAGCAUUCACACCUACUAAAAGCAAUAUUUGUGGAACAGUAAUAGCCACCCCAUACCUAAUAGAUGGGUUGUUGUUCUUCUAUAAACAUGCAACAUAUCGUGCUGGCACUACUCCAUGUGCUUUAUGGCUGACCCUAGACAGGUUGCCUUCAAAGUUAAAAAUUGAAAUUCCCGAACUGGGCAUCGUAACUGCAGUCAGCUACAAGGAUCCUGUUAGCUUAGCUUUAGCCCAUGGUGUUAGUCCAGCCAUCAUCUCCCAGGUGUACCCAGGUAGCCGACACACCAGAAUCAUGCCAAGAUCUGCUGGAGUUCCCGCCAGAAAUUUCCAGAACUCUGGCCAGAAUAGGCGCCUACCUGAGAGAGUCCCCCCACCCUUCCCUCAUAGGUUUGACCAGGGGAUAAGAGGUUUUAACCAGCCUGGGCAGGUGUACAACUCAGUGCAAAGGUCAGACAGAGGGAAGAGAGAUAAAGGCCCUAAUCAGGCACAUCCAUUAGAGUUAACUGAGAUGAUGAGCCAACUGUACCUUCACCAUAAUCGUCAGCCACCUUACCCUAGACGUGAUCAGUAUGUACCUGCCUCUGGAAGUCCCUACUUUAGCUGUAACAAUAACAACAGCAACUCAUAUAACGGCAGUGAGUACUCAGGCAGGAGAGGACAGCUGACACUCAUCAGGAAGUCAAAACAGUUGAAAAAGAAAAAUAAACAUCCCCAGGAUAAAGUAGAGCCAAACUGGGAGGAUAUUCACUGCACCAUGAAAUCCCAGUGGAUGGAACAGAAACCAGAAAAUUUUGACACAGAUUAUCUCACUUGUAUCUGCCCUUUAGCCAAGAGAAGAAUUAUUGUAGCAGCAAAGGGUGCAACUUGUGUAUACAACAAACAUGGGAAAAUGCUGGAGACUUAUACAUCUUCAUUACCUAAUGGAUCUCCUAAUGCCUCCAAUGAAAAGGGUUUAGUAGUGCUGGAUAGCUUAUGGUGUGGUAUAGCCAAAAAGUUUUACAUUAUUGAUGUCAUGCACUGGCGCAAGCAGCCAUUUUAUGAUGCUGAGGCAGCUUUUCGCUUUUUUUGGUUACAAGAUAAGAUAACCAAUGUGACAUUAAAGUCAGGAAAAAGAGAGUGGCCUUUGGAGCUUUUACCCAAGUAUCCCAGUGACAAAGCAACCCUUUUGGAAGCCUUGAAUAAAGUUGACUUUAAGGUAGAUGGCCUGCUGUGUUUUGAAAAAUGUAGCAUCUAUUCAAAGCAUGUUGGUACCAAUGUCUUGUGGUUGAAGCUGGACAUGAUGGGGGAGAUCCUGGGCUAUCCACCCCCAGGUCACAUCAGUUUCAAGCCCAUCACUGACAAGGAGAGGAAACAGAGGGAUUAUUUUAUCAAUUUGAAGAGUGGGAAGGUGAAGGUUGAACUAACAGAUGGUGAGAGGGGUGAUGGGAUAGGAGAUGGAAGUUAAGG